AUGUGUGGCAUUUAUUUCUCAUUGAGCACUAAUGGGUCAGUGCUCCCAAAUGAGGAGACUUGCAAUCUACUGCGCAAACGGGGGCCCGACAGCUACCAAGUACAUACGAGACAACAGGAAUGGUCUUUGAGCCAUACGGGCCAGACAAAGGUGACUGUCACUCUCACAUUCAUCUCCACGGUGCUUUCAUUGAGAGGAGAUCAUGUCUAUGCUCAACCACUCGUGGAUUCGUCUACGCAAUCAGUGCUCUGCUGGAAUGGCGAGGCCUGGAAGAUAGCUGGCGAACCUAUCCAAGAUAAUGAUACUGAGUUCAUUUUUCAGUCGUUCUUGCGCGCUACCCGUUCGUCCUUGGACGCUGUUGAUCAUGAAGAUCCCGUACAGAAAAUUGCGGGUGUCAUAAGUAACAUUACAGGGCCCUUUUCCUUUGUUUUCUAUGAUGCGGUGAACUCGGGGCUAUAUUUCAGUAGGGACUGCCUUGGGCGACGGUCCUUGUUGCAAGGUCUAGAUGAAUCUGGAAAUCUGAGAAUUUGCAGUGUCUGCGAUAGUUCCUCGUCAUCACAUUUCGAGGAAGUUGACACAGAUGGCGUGCAUUUUAUUGACUUUGGACAAGACGUGCUGCAGAAUGCUCUUGUAUCAGGUGCCAUUAAAUUCAAUCCUGACGCCAUCAAAACUCUUCGCUGGGAACAUAAAGAUGCAACUACCAGCUGCCUGAAAAGUCCAAUAUCACACAUGAACGAAUCUAUUCCGAAUGGGACGCCCCCGUCAUUGACGGUCGACUCUUGCCCCAUCCAAGAGCUUGAGCGAAAACUUCGUCAAUCUUUACACCUUAGGAUUCAAAAUGUACCCGAACCACCAUCCAUUACUAUAAGUGAUGUGAAAGUCGCCGUUUUGUUCUCUGGUGGCCUUGAUUGCACUCUACUUGCCAGACUGUCCCAUGACAUACUUCCCAAAAAUGAGACGAUUGAUCUUCUCAACGUUGCUUUCGAGAACCCGCGAGUCGCCGCCGCAGCUGCUGGAAAGGAAGGUGGCACACCAUCAGUCUACGAAAGUUGUCCGGAUCGCAUUACGGGGCGCGCAGCAUUCGCAGAACUCCAGAGAGUCUGCCCAGACCGCAACUGGCGCUUCGUCGCGAUAGACAUACCCUACACUGAGACUGUCGCACACCGGGAUAUGGUGAAGCGCUUGAUGAGGCCUCACAAUACAGAGAUGGACCUGUCCAUCGCGUGCGCGCUAUACUUUGCUUCUCGCGCGCGAGGCACGGCGCUAAAUAGUCGGGAUCCCUCGUGUGAACCGACCCAGUACACAAGCCCAGCGAGAGUGCUUCUCUCCGGCCUGGGAGCAGAUGAACUGUUUGCGGGCUACGCGCGGCACGGAGUAGCGUUCGCCCGCAACGGUUUUAGAGGUCUCAUUGACGAGAUCCACCUGGACGUGAGUCGUCUCGGCAAGCGAAAUCUCGGCCGCGACGAUCGGAUCCUCUCAAACUCGGGUCGGGAGGCGCGAUACCCGUUCUUAGACGAAGACUUCGUCUCUUACGUGCUCGAAGCCCCCGUAUGGGAGAAAUGUGGCUUCGGGGUGCCAGACCCAUCAGAAACCACCAGUGUGGAUUACACCGGCAUCGACCCGGAGAAGAAAGCGCUCCGCCUCCUGGCCCUCAAGCUGGGCAUGGCAACCGUCGCUCGGGAAAAGAAACGAGCAAUCCAAUUCGGCUCCAGGACAGCAAAGAUGGAAAAGGGUAGAACCAAGGGAACCGAUGCACUGAGCUGA